UGUUUUGUGUGUGAACAAAAAGUAAACAAAUUUUUGAGUAAAUAAGCAAAAGGUUAAAAAUCAAGAAGGUUUUAUCAGAAUCCACAAAUUUCUAAAAAUGAUUCCAAGUCUAGAAGAAAAUGUCCUAAGGGGCGAAACAGUGAGUAUGGACGAUUUCAAAGGAAUCGGAGAAACAGUUUUUGAAAAAAUGGUGCAAUAUGGUGACAAUAUUGCCAUGAUCGACGAAGAAACCAACGAAAAAGUAACAUUCACCACUUUGCGCGAAAGAGCAGCCACGAUUGCUUUAUCUUUACUAGCACGAGGAGUAACUCCCGACGACGUCGUCACUCUCGUCGAAAAAACUUCCAGGGAAGCCUUUGCAAUUGUUCUAGGAUGCAUGUUUGUGGGCGCCAAAUUCAAUGUUUUGGACGCAGGACCAACUGCAGCUGUGAUUCUACCUCACCAGUUUCCCAAUUUGAGGCCAAAAGUGGUGUUUUGCCAUCAGUGUGCAGAAGAUUUGGCCCAGAAAGUGGUGCAGGAGACCGAUUUGGACGCAGAAGUCAUCGUUUUUGGUGGAGCAUCCAAUCAUGGAAACAAAACUUAUGAGGAUAUUUUUGAGGAGUUUGGACAGGUGGAGGAGAUCGAGAAAUUUAGGCCAACUGUGAUUGAGAACAUUUAUGAAACUUCAGUCUGCAUUUGCUGCACCAGUGGAAGCACUGGCAACCCUAAAGGAGUAAUGGUCAGGCAUUCGGGAUUGCAUCAGGUCACACUGCCCUUAAGAAAUGUUGAUCUAGAAGGAAAAGCAAUCUUUACGUAUUCUGGGAUGUCCUGGGGUUCAGGAAUCUUUAUGUUGAUCGUUGGAAUAAUUCAUGGGGCUUAUCGAGUUUAUUCCAGGAGACCAUUUAACGAGGAUGUUUUGUUAAAAAUCAUGGAAGAUCACAAGCCUGGUUUCAUGCUGCUCUCAUGUUUCCAAAUAUCUUUGCUCAACGCGUAUCUACAAGAGAAACCUCAUUUGGCAGAACCGGUCUCAGGUGUGGAGAUGCUUUUUGCAGUUGGUUCCAAAAUUUCUCCUCACCAAUUUGAGACAACCAGAACCAUUUGGGUUCUGGUAAAUUGGUGGUUUGGUAUGGUAUUGACAGAAUGUGUUAGUGGUACAAUUACUUUGGAUUGUCCUGAAUAUAGGCCAAAUACUAUUGGCUUUGUUUGUGUCAACACAGAACUGAAGGUAAGCAUUAGACAGGGUGAAACUAGAUAA